AUGGAAGAUGUAAUUAUACAUAUGGAUAUCGAUGACAAAUAUGAUAGAACAAAUUUAGGCGAAGUUGUUGUUCCAUCAGAGGAUUUUAAAAAACUCAAGGAGGAGAUUGUUAUCCUUAGAAAUCAAAACAUACAAUUGAACCUUAUUCUUAAUACAAAUACAAAUAUGUUUAACUGUAAAGUGCAAGAAAGAGAUUUAUCAAUCAAGCAUCAAAAUAAUGUCAUCAAUUUUAUGAGAAAGUUCUAUGCUCAUCAAGCAAGUUUUAAAUUUGACGAGUACAUUCCUCAGGCAAUAUCAGACCCCAAAGAAAAUCAACCAAGUUUUAUUGAUCCAAAUCUUGUCUCGUUAGCUCUUGCCUUGAACCAAAAAAUUGCUAAAUAUGAAAGUUUGACUGCUGGAUUUUUAGAAAAGGACAAUAUAUUAAAAGAAAUCUCUGAUUAUAUUAAAAGUAAGAAUGCUAAUACAACAACAACUCAUAAUGAUAAUGAUAAUAAUUAUAAUGAUAAUAUUAAUUAUAAUAACAAUUGCAAUAGCCAUAGCAAUAAUCAUAACAAUAAUCAUAACAUUAACCAUAAUAAUAAUAAUAACAAUAGUUAUAACAAUAAUGGCAAACAGAUUGUCAACUACAAUCUAAAUAAUAAUAUUGAAUCUCACAAUGGAGCACAACAACAAUCAACUUCAAAUUCUAUGCUAGCUUUUAGAGGUAGUAGAAAGUCGCACAAGAUAGAUAUUUAUCUUGUAAAGGCAUCUAAUGAUGAUAGAAAUAUUAUCUCUAAAUUCUUCUAUGACAAUUUGCAUCAUAGUUACAAUAUUACUUUCAAGAAUGAAUCUCAAUACAAUGAAUCUAUUUCAGACACGAAUAAAAUCAAUCCAAGCAUUAUAUGUUAUGUUCUGGCCACUGGUUCCUCUAGAAUUACCUAUGAAGAGUACAAUGAUAAGCUUGACCAUUUCAAAAACAAACCAAAUUCGAUACUGUUGUUGACUUUGAUUAGAUUUGGAACGAAUGCUGGAGUCCCAACACUGGAAAUCAAAGAUAUCGAUUACAUUGUAAUCAACACCACAAUAGUUCCAGGUGGUAAUCAAAAAGUUGUCAAUUCAAACAAUCAAUUGACAAAAGAUGCUGUCACCAAAAUUGAAAUGUGCAUCAAAUCCUUGUAUGAUAAACCAAAACCAUAUUUAAAUAUCAUUCAAAUUCUUAUUUUUUAUAUCAUUUUAAAUUUUUCUAACCUUUGUAAAAUGGAAGUUGAUAAUAAUUAUAGUAGAACAGAUUCUGGAGAUAUAAUUAUACCUUUUGAGGAAUUCCAAAAACUCAGAAAUUCCAAAGUUCUUCUAGACAAAUCAAACAAAUACAUGAAGGAGAAUGAAAUCCUUAUAAAUCAAAUCAAACAAUUAAACCUUAUUCUUAAUACAAAUAUGAAUAUGUUUAACUGUAGUAAGUGUAAACAUUUUGCCGAAUUCCACAAGAAUGAACACAACUUCAGUGGAUUAACAAAAGAAUCUACUAAGAAAUGGAUGGAAAAGUUUCCCAAUAUUUUUAAGAACAAGGAAGUACCAUUUUGCACCGAUGAAACUCAUCAAAACCUACAUAAACAACUUGAAGAACAAAGAGAUUUAUCUAUCAGGUACCAAACUAAUUACAUCAAAAUUCAAGAUGAUAUAAAGAAACUUUUCUAUAAUUAUAUAGAUAAUUUUAAAUUUGACGAGCACAUUCCUCUGGCAAUAUCAGACCCCAAAGAAAAUCAACCAAGCUAUGUUCAUCCAAAUCUUGUCUCGUUAACUCUUGACUUGAACCAAAAAAUUGCUAAAUAUGAAAGUUUGACUGCUGGAUUUUUAGAAAAGGACAAUAUAUUAAAAGAGAUCUCUGAUUAUAUUAGAAGUAUUAAUGCUAAUAGAACAACAAUCUAUAAAUAA